AACGAUGAGCACGUCAGUGGUAUUCUACUCAAACGGAUCGUUAGAAGACAUUCAAGUAGGUGCAGGACAGACUACGCUGAAGACUCAACUUUUGUCGAUGAAUGUUUCCAAACUGUCUGUCAAUGGAGGUCAUUUAACAGUGGAACCAGACCGUCUCUCGAACGAUCCAACAGAACUGUUUGUAGAAAAUGCAGAGAUUGUAUCUGGGACAUUGGAACUAAACGUACAAACUGAGGUCGGAUACCUGUCACAAACAGGAGGGUCCGUACGGGGACGUUUUGAUAUCAUUGCUGAAGAGUUUGAAUGGUCGAGUGGAACUGUCAUCGGAGACCUGGGUAGUGAAUUGUUAGUUAAACACCUGAAAUGCUUGGGUACCGGAACAAAGACACUACAACAGCGCUCACUAGAGUUACAAAAAUCCGGAACGUUUGUUGGGGAUGCAGCUGGAAUCAUAGAAAUAAACGGACAUGGCAACUUCGUUAUUGCCAAGGAGGCGAAUUUAAUGAUUACGGCAGAAGUCACCAUAGAUUCAGACCUGGGCAUGUUUGAAAACAAAGGAAUGUUAACAAAUGCUCUUCAGAGCAAUGGGAAGGUGCUUGCAGUCAAUGGUCACUUUCGAAAUACAGGAAUAGUGCAGUGCCUUGAUGACACAUUGAUGAAAGUAUCAGGAACAGGCCAGUGGGAGGGUGCUCUGACAACUGGAUCGAAUGCUACUGUAGAAAUUGCUGAUGGACAUCAUUUGUUCUUGUCAAGUUUUGAGGUCAACGGUACAGGAAAGCUGGUGGUUAGCAGUGGAUCUGUCACCAUGCACGCAUGCAGCGUGUCGGCAGCUGUGAUGCAGAUAUCUGCACCGGUCUACAUCCACGGAGAGAUACGUUGCUUCAUCCAGUCCCUUCUUGUCUCAGAGAAUGGGGUCUUUAUUUCCAACAGCCCUACAACCGUGGGGCAUGUCCAGCAGAAUGGAGGUGUUGUUCGUGCCCUGUCUUCUCUAACAGUCGCCGAGUACGAUCUUAUUAGAGGAACUCUUCAAAGUCACAAUGUAACAGAAGUUGACCAGCUGCAGUGGUCUUCUGGUACGGUCACUGGAGGAAAACUGUACGCUGGUACUUUAAUGUUAACACAAGGGACAGAGAAAAUUGCCUCACAAGUCACGGUUGUUGUCUUGAAGAGUUGUAUGUGGUCGGAAGAAUUUGGUCAGACCCUCGGUCUUCGUGGAGAUUCAGCGUUGAUUAUUGCACAACAAGCAUCGAUGGAUGUAAACGGCAUCGCGGCACUCUCUAGUGAAAACAGUAACAGUUACCAAGGUAGGCUUGAAAACCAUGGACAAAUCAACGUUAAACAAACAUUCACAUCUUCAGCAGAGUUUAUCAACUUUGGAAACUUAAGUGUAUCAGAAGGGACAAUUGCGGUCACCAAGAAAAGUGAAAAUAGGGGAUACAUCAACAUCGGGCAAAAUUCUAAAGUCAAAAUAAGGGAUCAUUUCUCUUACCCAUCAUCAGUCAUUGAAGGGAAUGGCAAGCUGACACUGACUCAAGGUACAAUUAAGUUAUUAUCUGAUACUUUAAAACAGAAAAUCAUUCAUGUAACCGGGGCUAUUGUCUCUAUUGUGUUGACUUCGAGACAUACCUUUUUGCCAAAGGAGGUGAAAAUCACAGGUGGACAAGUUGACUUACUUGGCAACAAGGAUAAUAACUUUGAACUGGAGUCACUGACAAUAGCUGGAGGAGCAGUGAAGAUCCAUAGCCCCUGCAACAUUUCAAAGCUGGCAAUGACGGGCGGUUCUCUCAAAAUUAUGGCUCCUACAGACAUCACGGAGUUUGACUUCUUUGCCGGACAAUUGGUUGGAGUGUCAGAUCUAGGUUCUUUGACUGUUGACAUGCUUAUGCUGCACAGCUACAAGAACAAAGAUGACGCUGGGAAGAUCCUGCAGGCAAUUGUGAUGCAAAUCAGUCAGCAAUUCCGUUGGUUGACUCCCAUCAACAAGGACACCGUAGGGAUGCAAGACGGGAGUGUGAUCCGCCUGCUGUCUGACUGUGAAACCACGUUACAAGGUCAGCUGGAAUUUCAGGGCAAUUCUGAAACGAUUGAGAAUUAUGGGAACUUUGUGGUGUAUGGUUCUGAUGAGAACCUUCCCCACAGAACAACAUCGAUUCGCAUUGGCCCCCACUUCAACAACGCUGGAACAGUUUGGGUACAGGAGUCAAGUAUGGUAUCCUUUCAGUCUACAGCUCAUAUCUCUGGAAGCAUGGUGGCUCACAGAAAUGCAAAUGUCGAGUUUGUCAACCACUACAGUACGGCACCGCAGAACAUAGCAGGAGGCCGUCUCGCUGUCCGAAAUUCCAACCUCUGGAUCCUGUCAAACAAUUUUACAACACUAAACAUUAACUCAGGCGGACAUGUCAACUUUGUCAGCACUGAAGAUCCGGUUCAUAAUAGCGUUUUUGAAGAGGUCAGUCUGAUGGUCAGUCUAAAUAGAGGGUCCGUCAAUUUUGAUUCAGAUGUAUCUAUUGGUGUUUUUGAGGUAACAGGUGGGACGGUCAAAUCAACAUCACCUAAUGGUGUUAUUCAGGCACAACAGUUGACGUUUCAUGAGGACACCGAGUCAUCCACCAUUGAAGACUGCAACGUUUCAGGAAGAGAAAUACAUUUCAUUGGCUCAAAUGUGGCUUUAGUGACAAGUUCACUACGAAUUCAGCACAGUGGGAUCGCUCACAGUUCUGUUCAACUCGACAUGCUCAAUUCAUCGGUACUGGUAGAAGAGGGUGCUACCUUAGCGAUAAAGCACAAGAUGGCGCUACAAACAACAGAAAUGGAAGACUCGUCGAUCCUGAACGUUGCAGGCACGGUUCAUGUUAAGGGUCCCAAAUUUGUGAGCUCUGCAGCCGUUGUUCUCCAAACCACAGGAAAAUUCACGGUAACAAAAGACUUUAGUGAACUUGACAUCCAAAUGACUGGCAUAGGUUCUGGUACGUUCAACAUCAACUGCUCACAUCCUACAAUCACCUUCAGAGGACCAGGUGAUCUUGUCCUGGAUAAAGGAUCAUUCAUUGGCCCAAAUGCAACAAUUAACGUGCAUGGCGGCCAUGCUGUGAUAACGACAGGAAUUGAACACCAACUACUAGAGAGCAGUGGGCUUAAAAUAACGCUAAAAGGCACUGGAACUAUGACGUUAAAUAGUUCUCAAUUCAAUGAGACCCCAAACCCAUUCACAGUCAAUGAAGUACUGCUGAAGUCACUGUCCAGCAACUUAUAUCUGUCAGACGCAAUACCGAAAGUUCAGAAGAUGAUUAUUACUGGCGGCCAAGUCCAUGGUAAUGCUAAGUUUGACACGGUUAUACUACAGUCCAACCUCCAACUUACUGACUGCAGCUUUGACAUAGACAACCUCAUCAUUCGUGGAGGUAACAACGAUGACAAAGAAAUACAGGCUAGCAAAAUCGGCAUUCUUAGGUCACUCCAAGUUGAAACUGAUGCUACACUAACUUUAACUCAAGCAUCUGUCCUUCGAUUGGCAUCAUCGGCCACUUUUACAAUGGAGAACGCAUUGGAGAUCACAGCAUCGGGUGUAGACAGUGAAGCGUCUUGGUUUACAAAUGAAGGAAGAAUCACUGUAUCACUCGGAGCUGACAGGAUAGCUAGCAUUGGGGCCAAGUUCAACCAUAGCGGAGAACUUUUAAUCGAAGAUGGCCACUUGUCAAUGAACAACGACAGCAUCAUUCGAGGAAGUCUACAAGUUGGUACUAGCAGCAGAUUGACUCUAUCUGCAGGCGUUCAUCGGAUACAAAGAGGGUCUUCUUGUCUUGUGCAAGGAAAACUGCUGGUGGAAAGUUCUGCCUCUGUGGACGUAGAUUCUGACGACAUGAGUAUAGAGAGUGUAACAUCACAUGGAUCUGUUACUCUACGAGGUGAAACAUGCAUCUCUGGUUUGGAGUUGGCAGAGGGUAACUUUGAAGUGGGUGGAAACGCUGGAUUUGGAGCAUUAGACAUGAAGACAGGAACUCUGUCUGUUAAGGGCGACAUGACAGUGAACGGUCCAGUCAAGUGGCAGUCUGGGACGAUCCAUUUGUCAGCAGGGUCCUCUCUCACAGUCAACGGAGAUUUCAUCCAGGCUAUCUCCGAUGGCGAUCUGGAAAAUCAAGGAGGCACAUUUACUAUAUCUCCAGCCAAUUCCUGCGGAGUUCACACUGACUGCACCAGCUGCCAAGGAGGAGGAGACUGUUCCUGGUACCCAACAGCAAACCUUUGUGUCCAUGAUACUAUUGCAGGUCCCUCUACGUGUUCAGCACGACAUUGCAGGCAGAAAUUGGCAUGCAGCAACUUCGGAACGACAGAGACAUGCAGCAGCCAACAGAACUGUACAUGGUGUCUGGCCUCGGACAUGUGUGUACAGCACGAGCAAUGUCCCUCGGCUGCUGCGUUCUGGACCAACUCUGCAGGAGGCGAAUGGCACGCUGCAUCAAACUGGUUCAACGAUACAACCCCAGGAGAAGGCAGCGAUGCUUUCCUAACCAGCCUCUCUGAAGACUACGAGGUAAGAAUAACGAAUGCAAUCAGCCUGCAAGCGUUAGAAAUUGGCAGCCAGUGCGACCAUACUUUCAGUCAAGGUUGCGACACAAUGCAGACACUCACGGUGCAGAGGGAUUUGCAAGUGGGCCGUCUACUCGUUCGCAGAAAUGCACGGCUCAUUCUAGGAGGCGGCAAUCUGGUCAUUGGAAGCAGUUUAAAUGUGGAUGGAAGGAUGGAGUGGAGACAGGGCACCAUUCGUGGCGACGGAAGGAUAAACGUAAUAGGACAGUUAACCAUACAUCAAGGCUGUUAUUACUGCCAUAAGAACCUUCAAGUCCCAUUGGAAAACUACGGAAGGAUCACCCUGCAAACCACUAGUAUUUCCCUCACAAUGAGCCCUCGGGUUAACAUCACAAAUGCCGGCGAAAUCCUUAUCAAAAGCAAUGGAGUAAUCAAUGGCGGCACCAUCUAUAAUGAAGGGCUCAUCUAUUCGACCACACCCACUGCAAACAUCAAUUCAAACAUGGUGCAGAGUGGCCAUCUUGUGUUGCAGCAGUCUAGACUGCAGAUAGGUGGAAAUGUAGAAUUCUUAGGACAAAACAGUGUUGAUGAGGGCAGCGAGGUGUUGUUAAAAUCUGGUUCUCAUGUAUUUUCCAUUGGAAGUACGGUGCCAUCAUCCCUUACACUGGAAGGAGGGACAACAACUAUCAAUACCACAGGCAACACGAUCCGAAGUCUCCACCUCAAGAACAGUGCAACUCUUCAAUCUGACAAGGAACUUCAAGUAGAAAACGUUUACCUAGAAAAGGGCACUUUGCUGGGCAAUGGAGAUUACCAGAUUAAUACUUUCAGAUGGUGGGAAGGAAACAUCGAAGGCAUGAAGAGUAUUUUAGUUACCAAAGAAAUGGCAUUUGACGAUGACAGGUAUUACUCCCACAGGAAGGCAAUGGCAGAAUCAACGAUUUUGCUGCAGGGCCGUGCUUUAGUCCAAGGAAGCCAAGCUACGCUGACUAUGAGCAGAAAUGCAAGUUUUGAGGUGACUUCUUCAGGAGAGAUCCAUGUGCCUCUCAGUACAACCCUAUCUUUACGGUGUUCAGAUGGAACAUGUAGAACCACGAACAAUGGGUAUGUGGAUGUCAUUGGUAGCUUGGUGAUAUCUACGGACCUCGCAAGUAGAGGAAGUGUAGCAGUGGAUGGUCGGGUUGACUUGUCAGGAAAUUCAAAAUUUGAAAGUGGCAAAAUCUGGGUCGGCAGUUCUGGGACUCUCCAUUUGGCAGGCAAUCAGAAGGACGUCAGCAUAGGUGCAUUGGUGGGAGUAGACAUAUAUGGAAGUCUGUCGGUUGCAGAUGGUGACGUCGUCGUAUCUUCACAGAAGAUAGCAUACAUAAAUAACAUACACUGUAGUGGUGGCCUCGUACAAUUCACUAACACAACAAACCUGAAAACUAUUGGAACUGUCUAUGUGAGAAAUAGUCAGAUUACACUACAUACCGGCGAUGCAACAGGGCUAAACGUUGGGAAAAUCGAGGGAAGGUACAGUGGAAACGUAAUUUUGGCAUCACCAACCACUGUUUCGGUCAUUGUGCUGCAAGAAAACUCUAGUCCUGGAGCAACUAUACGUCUCGAUUCACCAAAACAUGCCUACAAGGUUUUAGAUUCUGUGACUUUAAAUGACGGUCAACAUCAAAUCGUAGGAACAGUUGACGAGGGAGGAACUAAACCCACCUUGUAUAUUGAAGGUCAGAUGAACUUGCAGCAUUACUAUCGACACUUCUACUUUCAAAAUGUGGAUGUGUCUAUUAGUGGGACUCUUUCGCACACUUGUCGAGACAAUCGUAACUACGGCGUCUACUUGGCCGAUGGCAGCACUCUUACAGUUGAAGAAUCCGGUCUAGCGGAAGUAGGUGGUUGUAACUGGCUGCAUUCUGGAUCACUUCCAACGUCCUUCACCAACAAUGGCGUGCUCAGAUUCCAUGACGACCCAACAUCAAUCUACAAUACGUUUGUCCAGAACGGUACCAUGUACACAACAGCCAAUAAAAACCUUCAUCUGUAUGGCCAAAGCAUUCUUCAAGGGAACGUUACCAUUGGUAAAAACGCUGCUGUCAACUUUAGGGGCGGUUCGCAGCAUCACAUUCUCAGCGACGCUAUGCAUGAAUACUCAUCCACUCUCAACCUCCUAGAUGACAACACCGUCUUAAACGUGUCAACCAAUGACCUGCGGCUAUCUAAAGUCAAAGUCGACUCCCAAGGAGGACGUCUGCUGUUGUUCAGCAGGAGUGAUGUUGGAAGUGUCAACCUCUUGGAGUUGAGAAGAGGAAGUAUCCAAGUCGGCUUCAGCCAACUGACAACUGAUGAGAUAUUUUUGACCACAGGUUAG